AUGAAUGGAUCAGAAGGGGGUUGGAUUCUCUAUUUCCGGGCCGGGCGGGAAGUGAAGGCCAUAAGAGAAGAUUGCCCUCCCGAGAAUCACUGGUGCUAUUUAGCCCUUCGUUUCGACAACCAAGAAGUCAUCUUUGACGAUUUCCCAUUCCUUCCCCGCCGAGCCGCAACUACCAAGAACAUUCUAAGGCUUAGCUCUGGAUCCUCCCUGCCUGCAGAAAUGAAUGGAUCAGAAGGGGGUUGGAUUCUCUAUUUCCGGGCCGGGCGGGAAGUGAAGGCCAUAAGAGAAGAUUGCCCUCCCGGUAAGGAAGAGGGGAAAAAGGCGUUGCCAUCUAUCUCGACCAGUUUCCCGAGGCGUUGGAAAUCCAUAUUGGCUCAGAGAAUCACUGGUGCUAUUUAG